AUGCUGGAGAGGGUCCAUGCUUACAUACAGCACCAGGAGUUCUGCGGUCCUCAGGCUCCCUUCCCUCCUCAGGCCAAUGGCUCCCAGCAGGCUCCAUGGCAGCAGGGGGGGGGGAGCCCCUUCGUAACGCUGCCCAACACCACGCUCCUCGGCUGGGCAGCCAACGCCAGCGCUGCCCCCUGCUGGCCCCCGCUGAGCGCGCUCCGGCUGCUGGUGUCGGAGGAGGGCCAGUCGUGCGUGGAGGCGUGUCGAGUGGCCGACCUGGUGUGUGAGGCGGCCUUCUUCCGCUUCGUCAAUAACAAGGAGGCACUCGUCAGGCUGGAGGUGCAGUGCGAGGCGGUGGAGUCGGAGGUGAACCACGUCUUCCCGGCGUUCUCGGUGCCGCGGCGCGAGUGCGGCCUCCAGAAGGAUCCGCUCCUCUUCAGCUGCGCGGGUCGCAGCCCCAAGUACCGACUUGUCUGCCCCUGCAGAGACUACCGUGCAGAGACUGCUUAUGACCUCCCUAAAGCCAGGGGGCGCUGUGGAGAGACGGCUUAUGAUGAAGAGAGAGGAGAGGAGAGUGGAAACCUCCCUACAGCCAGGGGGCACUGUGGAGAGACUGCUUAUGAAGAGAGAAGAGUGGAAGCCUCCCUACAGCCAGGUGGCGCUGUGGAGAGUGGAGACUGCCAGGGACAGGUGGCGCUGUGCAGAGACUGCUUAUGA